AUCGCAGGCGGGCAUUCCACCGAGCAGAACUAGGGCCAUACCCACGACGCGCGCCAAUUGCGUCCGAGCAUUCCACCGGGUACAGGCAGUCUAGUGUGCAGGGAGCGGGACGCGCGAGAGGAGAAGGCAAACGCCCGACGCAGGUCACGCUGCACGCCACGCAAAAAGACAACAACGCCAGCCGGGGCGGCGUUGCAUCCAUAUAAACAACACUCGGCCAUUGUCCGCGUGCACACCAACGAGCGUGCAGUAGUGUGGUACAGUAUAGUACUCUCUACCGUACUGCUAGGAGCUGGGAGAAUACGAUCUACACGGCGGCCCACCCAGGUAGACGACGAAACGCACAGGGUGCGAAGGAGCGAGCAGCUUCCCAUCCUCAAUGGCCUUCUUCGCCGACGCAGCGGCGCCCGCAGGCCGAGACCGCGCGCCCGUUGGCCUGCUGUUGAAUCUCCCACCCUCCUCCAACGUCCCUGGCCCGAUGCUCUCUCCCUCCUUUUCCAGCAACAACCCCUUCAGAAGAGCAGCCUCCCCGUCGCCUGCCAUCCCGACCUACUACAACUCCUCCACCGCCGGCACGCCGCCCGCUGUUAAGCAGCCCGAACGCCCAAUGUCUACCAACCCAUUCCUCGACGAUAGCGAAGUCGCCCGCCUGCAGCAGCAGCCCGCUCGUCCAGUGCAGAUUCCGGACGAUAUCUUUAACGACCUUUCACUCCUCGACAAACCAUCUUCCAACGGACAAAACGGUGCAAACAUGGUCAAGCGUCCUGAGAAUAGAGCUCCGCCGCGACCUGGAGGCGCAGGACCACCACCACCACCAUCAUCGUAUAGACCACCGCCCGGCGAUCGCGAGCGACCACCGCGACCACUACGCAGUCCGGAUAGGAGCGGAUUUCCCCGACCGCGGCCACGACGAGCAUCAGACUCUUCAGUCAUGGAGAAAGAUCGACGACCCCGCAUGGACCGCGAGCCAUAUCGUGAGCGCACGGAGUCCUCGGAGCGCCGACGGGCGGAGCGCCGACGGGAGCGAGAGGAGCGCCGGCAGCGUGAGAAGGAGAAGGUCCGCAACGGCGAGAAGCCGAAGCGCAAGCCGCAAGGGCUAGACAUUAUAGACAAGCUGGAUGUGACUGGUAUUUACGGUCAAGGCCUUUUCCACCACGAUGGUCCAUUCGAUGCCUGUAAUCCUCAUCGCAAUGCUAAGAAGGACCGACGAGCACCAAUGCAGGCGUUCCCAGCAGAUUCCGCGAACAUGCAACUUGGUGGCGCUGGACCUCUCCGAUCACGCAUCGAUCUCGACACGUUCCACGGCCGUGGCGAGGAAGGCUUUUCGGAGUUUGCGGGAACUCGGAAGAAGACGGAAACCAACCAGUGGAAGACAGAGCCGAUCACUAUCGACCCACGGCAGAAAGUCGAGCCAGUGCACGGCGAAGAGACGUUUGGCCUGGGCACUUCUACCUUCCUAGAGGGUGCGCCUGCUAGUAGGAAAGACAUGCAGCGACGGGGUUCUGAAGACCCAGAAGUCCAUGGUGGCGGCUUGUCUAGAAAGAAGUCAAUUGCGCAACGAUUCCGUGGCAUGUCGGCCUCGAAGCGUGAUCGACCAGAUGAUCUGCGUAGCCCCGAAACGCGUUACCAGUAUGGAGGUAAGGCUAGUCCGCCUGCGCCACCAACAAGUAAGGCUAUGAGUGCAGGCGGUCCAGUCCAGGCCAGGUAUAACAAGGAUGACGAGGUCAACCCAUUCGACAACGACUACGAGGCGGCAUUCGACAAGAAGGGAAGCCAGAUCCGCAUUGCCGAGCAAGAGAAGCCGUACAGUCGACCACGAGCAGGAAGCAGCCCGAGAGCGCCACCAUUGACCAGAACGCGUACCAGUGACGCUCGACUGCCCAGCCGAAGCGGCAGAGUCAGCAGCGGAGAUGAAGAGAGACCAACUACUUCUGGGGUCAGUGGCUUCUUGAACCGAAUGCGCUCUGUCAAGGGAGGUUCACGUCGACCAAGGGCCGCCGAGUAAAGUGGCACAGUUGCGGAGCGGAGACCUUGCUCAUAUCUGAAUGUAUUUGGUCCGAAGGCAUGACAUGGGCGCCAGAAUGAUUAGGAGCCAGAAUUUGGAGAGAUACCACUACCGGACCCGGUUUGGAUGCACUUAAUAUUGCGCCACAACUGCGGCGACACGGCAUUAUAACGGCCACGUGCAGGCAUGCGGCCGGGAACAGGCAGGAAAUUGCGGAGCGAAUUGUUAAGAGCAGCUUCCAUAAGCUAUACAGACAGGAAGCAGACUUUUGGAGCAUACUUUGACUGCUGAGAAGUGCUCCACAUGCUCGCGUGACAUGUUCUAGCUUUUCCUCAUCGUGGGUAUCAUCGAAGCAUAGGUACGCUAAAGGUUCAUUCCUGUUUCCACUCCAUAUCCCAGUAUCCUCAUAAUCGAGUGAAGGUGAACGCCAUGACCAACCAUAGUGUGAAAUCAUGAGUACCGGAUAUGAUCAAUUUUCGCGCCAUUCCCUUGUGCACUCUACACAUCUGUAGAACCUCGUCAUCGGCUCAUCUGCACUUCGAAUCUGCACUUGCCUGAAAUAGGCAUUUCGACUCUCGCAGCCUUCUGCAGGACAUUUCGCUUCAGUUUGGUCGACAUUUUUCCAACUAUCGGCUCCACCGAGAAUGUCUCCGACAUCUUUGAGCUUCAUGUUUUUGCGCUCGUAGUAGCGACGGUCGAGAACCAUUUGGUAGGGACAUGUUCGGCAUUCGAAGCGGUUUUUGCCAAUGUGCAUGCUGUCUUCGGGCGCGGUGUGGAAGGAGGGGAUUUGGGAGACGAUGAGCAUGUUGCUGCAGGAGGGGCAGAAGAGGAGCAUUGUUUGAUUGAUUUGAAAU